GGGAUCCAUUUGAUGAUCCCUUUUUCACUCGCCCAUUUGUUAGCAUGUUGAAUUCGGGCUUAUCUGGUUCCCGUUCCACUGCGUAUGAUAAUCAAAAGAAAGAUGGGGGAAAGGGACUUGUGAUUCAAGAAAUUUCCUCUGAUGAGGAGAGGGAGGAAGAUGAUGGCCUUAUGGGUCAGAGACAGGACAAGAAUCAGAUGAAUUCUGGGUCAGGCAAGGCGCCAUCCGUUGAGCAUCCGGAUGAUACCAGUGAUGAGCGCCAGAUCGUGACUCAUAGAAGUAGUGAAGAUAGCAGUUUUGGAGUUCAGCCAAAGGCUAGUAAAUCCAGUAUGCAUACUUGCAAGGUCACUUUUGGUGGUGUAGAUGGAGCAUAUUACACGUCUACUAGAACUAGAACGACAGAUAAUGAGGGAGUGUUGCUUGAAGAGACGAAAGAAGCGGAUAAGACGACGGGCCAGGCCAUUCAUAGGAUCUCUAGAGGAAUUCAUGAUAAGGGUCAUUCAGUUACUAGGAAACUGAACUCAGAUGGUAAAGUGGACACGCUGCAGACUCUGCACAAUCUGAAUGAAGAAGUGCUUGCUGGUUUUGACCGAGCAUGGAAAGGUAAUUUUCAAGGGCAUAAACAUGUUCCAAGAGGUGGAUUUCAUACUGAUGGCAAUGCAGAAUCUAAUGGCAGUAGAAACAGAGAGAUGAGCAGUUGGGAUUUUCCAUCUUUUGGUGGAAGUAGACAUGAACAUGAUGGUUCAAGACAUAUCUCUGGUGCUGGUACAACCAAAAAAGUAGUGAGGAUCAACAUAGAUUAAAACGCGAUGCAAUUGCAAGAUAUGUUGUGUAUGAAGGCAAGUACAUACCACCGUCUAAAGGAAUUAUAGUUUUUUUUUUAUAUUCGUGUGUCCCGACCAGCAUGCAUCUAAAUGGGUCAUCUACUUCAUGUAAACCAAAUACAUUUGGUUUCAACUUAAAGGAAUGAUAGUUUUUACGAGCA